UAUGUUGAGAAUUUUGGUUGUUCUUUCAAUUGCCGCCUGCACUUUCGCCGGCACCGUUCCUGAGGGUCUUGUACCGCAGCUGGAUGGUCGCAUUGUUGGAGGAUAUGAGGCCACCAUCGAGGAGCAUCCCUACCAGGUGUCUCUCCAGCGCAAUGGAGCUCAUUUCUGCGGCGGUUCCAUCUACUCCCACGACAUCAUCAUCACUGCUGCUCACUGUCUGCAAUCCGUUAAGGCCAGCCAACUGAAGGUCCGUGUGGGCACCACCUACUGGCGCACCGGCGGUACUGUGCACAAGGUUCUGUCCUUCAGAAACCACGAGGGUUACAAUUCCAAGACCAUGAUCAACGAUAUUGCCAUCAUCCGCAUCGAGUCCUCCUUGACUUUCCGUUCCGGCACUCGCGCCAUCACCAUUGCCGAUACCAAUCCCCAUGAGGGCGCUGAGGCUAUCUGCUCUGGCUGGGGCACCACCGAGUCUGGUAGCAGCUCCAUUCCCGAUCAUCUGUUGGCCGUUAAGUUGAGCAUUGUCCUUCGUGCGGAGUGCGCUUCCAGGACAUACAGCUAUGGCAGCAAGAUCAAGGAUACCAUGAUCUGCGCUUACUCUCCCCAUAAGGAUGCUUGCCAGGGUGAUUCCGGCGGCCCAUUGGUCUCUGGCAGCCGUCUCGUUGGUGUUGUCUCUUGGGGCUAUGGCUGCGCCGACACCAGAUAUCCCGGUGUCUACGCCGAUGUCGCUCACUUCCACUCUUGGAUCGUGAGCACCGCUCGCGAUAUCUAAGCUAUAAAACAAUAUUUUAGAUACAUACUUGAAUAAAUUGCAAUAGACAAAAAA